AACUGGUUUGGCGCCGUUCCAGUUUGUCGAUAGUGUGCGUCCGUGUCCCCUUCGCCCCCUCCCAUCAUCGUCAUCUUCAUCAUCAUGCCCAUCAUGCCAUUGACCUUGGCGGCGGAUCGGAUCGGGUCGGUCGAGAUCUGCGACCUACCUCAAUGGCAGGAGCAGGAACAUCAGCUCCAGGCCAAAAUAUAAACAAAACGAUGACGACUGGCAGACGAUGACGAUGCCCAAAAACGGUGACGGUUCAAUGAACGUUCUUCGAUUUAAUAUUCGCAAAAAGCGGGGGAAGUUGAUGCGUGCAAUCCGAAGAAAAAAAAAAAAUUCCCAUAAUUCUAGUUUACUGCCCUUGCUCUCAGGCAUUUUUUCCGGCAAUUUAAAUAUAUUGUCUAAAAUUUAAAAGCCAUAUUAUUCGUUUAUCGACGGCAUUAACAUGUUCGCACAGCUGCCAACUGGUUUUAGCAAAUCGCCAACUUUUUAGCAUAGAUAAACAAAAGAUGUUUGUUUAAUUUAUGGUUACACCUUUAAUACAAGAAUUUUAUUUUCGUUUUCAAGUGAAUUUACUAAACUGAAAAGUGAAUUGCGACUGAUUUCGAGUGGCUAAUUGCACCAAUUGGAUAAGACUGCCGUUCCUAGAAAUGUCGUAAAUAUCCAGUUCCACUGACCUUGUUUGGAAUAUUAAUGAAAAGCACGGAAGAUGGGCAAGGCAAUCGAAGCGUAUCAAUCUAGGCUGCACUUCGCCUCACAUCUACUUGAAGUGAAAUCACUCACUUUACGAUCGAAACUUGUUUGUUCUCACCUUCCGCGAAGAUUAUUGUCUUUGCCCGAACUGUGUGUUCACUUCCGCACUCGAAAUCAGGCCGGAAAUUGGCCAGAAGUCUGAUAAUCCAAAACGUGGUCGCACCCAGUCCUCCUGUGACCGAUUUCCAGCGAUCACGGCCGUUCAACGAAGAUGAAAAAGAUCACUUUCGGUGGGGGCGCUCAUGCGGUCAUAAAUCGACCGCACAAUUUUGGGCCAUUUAUCGGUAGAAAUCGUUUAGCGAGUGCUCGCCAUAAAAACAAAGCCAGAAAAACCCCCAAUUGUUUGCCCAAAUAAUAGAAGUUUCUUUGGAACUGGAAACCGAAAGCGACGACCGAUAGAUACACCUGCCAAGAUCAAUGAACUGGCUAGAGCCCAGCACGCCCCUAACUCGCUCCAAAAUGGCACGAUCCCACAGCAUCUGCGGCGGAGAUCGAAAAGCAAACAGCAUAAACUCAUUAACAAUUUCGCUUCGGUGUCAACGUUGGUGUCAUAAAUAGGUUCAAGACUUCACAAUCAAAACAAACCGCGAUGAUACAUGACAAAUUAUGCAUGGCGUCGAUCAAAACCAGAAAUCCAAACAUAUUCCAUUGAUAGGAAUAGCGAGCGUGCGCACAGGAAAAAAAUGGGCCAACCAAACGGCGUAUACAAGAAAAACAUAAUUUUAACUAAUAUUUUUUUAAAUUAUAUAUAAAGAUAAAUAAUAAAAAAAUCUUUCAGAAAUUCAUAAGCUGACAUUAAUUCAAGUUUCUAAAACGCUUAGAGACUACGGUUCAAAAAAGGCGUCUAAAGACUAAAGUCCAAGAUAAAUAUUUUAUUCAUACUUAUAUUGGCAAUAAAAAAUGCAUAAAAUGUUAAUUACUUUUGUUGAUAUUCGCAAUAAAAGCUUUCAGCCAUGCAAAUAUGUAUAUAUGUAUGUAUGUAUAUUAUCUUUAGGAUACAACCUUUCCUUACUUUUGUUUCAUGAGUUCUUGGAAAGCAUUACAUUUUGUGAAAUUUCGUCAAAGAUAAUUUAUUUCUUGAUGAAAACGCAUUUAUAUUGUUUUAAGGUUCAAAAUGAACCUUUUUUCUCUGUGUAGACUUAGAUGCUCAUGCAUAUCCUUGCCUUGAGUGUGACAGCCGAAAUUCCCGAACUUUGGGGCCCACCCAUAAAUUAGGCCGAACACAAAGCGGCCCAAAUUAUUCUGCUGCAAUGGAAUGACCAAUGCCAAAGCCGACACGCAAAGUGGCAAAACCACACGAAAAGCUCCACGGGCUGGCAAAAAGUGGAGCUGUUGCAUUGCGCAACAAUUGCACCGGCCAAGCAAAGUCCGAGGCAAAAUCGGCGAUAGCGAUGGUGAUGGCGAUGGCUAUGGCGAUGACGAUGACGAUGGGAAGAUUGGCAGGCCAAAACACACACAAGCCACACAAGACAUCGCAUCAUGAAUGAAAGAAGCUUGUCUCGAUCUGAGCGCAGCAGCAGCUGAUUCAGUGAGCUGUGAACUUGUUUGCGACAGCAAAACAGCAGCCAGUCGGCAAUUGCCAAUCGGCAGCCAGUAGUCAGUAGCCAGCUCAAUAUCGGGCGGGAUCGGAUAUAUCAGUUACUAAAACUAUGUGCCAAACAAUGCGUUGCAUUCUGAUUGUCUGCGUGGCCCUUGCUCUCCUUGCCGCCGGCUGCCGCGUGGAGGCCUCGAACUCCCGACCUCCGCGGAAGAACGAUGUCAACACCAUGGCCGAUGCCUAUAAGUUCCUGCAGGAUCUCGACACCUACUACGGGGACAGGGCCCGGGUUCGAUUCGGAAAGCGGGGGGCCCUGAUGGACAUGCUGAGGAAUCGCGAACUGGACAACUUUAAUCUGGGAAAGAAUGCCAACAACGGCGGAGAAUUGGUCCGCGCUUUGGAUGAGGAGGAGGUGUACUAAACCCACCCUUGGCAACCAUGGCAACGUUCUUAACUCAUGAUUAUAGUUAUUAGCAUACGCAUUAUUGUUUAGAAUGUUUCUCGGGGCAAUAGUUUAACGUGUUGGGAGAGGAUUUGUAGUUGCAGCUACAGAAUUAAGGAGUUAUUCUAGCCUUGAUGUUUGUUGAAUAAAUGAAAUACCCAAAUAAACGUCUUCGUGAUGUUUAAACUUAAAUAAAGAGUGCAAUGAUCAAA